AAAGGCGGCUGGCGGGCAGCAGAGGGAGCUGCAAACCCUCAGCCUCCUUUUUUCUCCCUUUCUCCGCUGUGGGCCGAAGGAAGGAAACGGCCGCUCGGCGCUUUGGUGCCGCGGGGAUGCGCUUCGCCGUCCUGCUGCUUUUGUUGGGCGACUCGAAGGAAGAGCGGAGGUUUCGACCGCGGGUGGAAGCGGGCGGUAGAAGGAAGCAGCGAUUGAGACCGAAGUGAAGAAAGACCGAUUGGGAAAAACCAGGAUACAAGAUGUUAAUUUCUACCAAUAUUCAGUGCCAGUUUGAUGUUCACUGUGUUGUUAGAGUUGUCUCAGAGGCUUCUCAGGAACAUGCAGGCCCUGAGACCCAUCUGUGAGGUUGGAAGCAAAUUAUCUAUCUCUGUGUGAGAGCUUGGACAAGGGAAAGAACGUAUUCAAAAUUGAUAAAAGGAUUUGUAUGGGGUUCAAAGCGGAGCCAAAUUUGAAGUAAUAUCCCUGAACCUGAAUAGAUGGCUCUUCAGCUUCAUUCCCCUGCUUUCAAUAUUUCUCCAGUAGAAGCUAAGAAACUGUGUCUGAAUGGAACACCCUGGAUUUGGCAUCUUCUUGAAGAAUGUGUCAGGAAUGCAUGGGAAUACUGGAGCAUUCUGCUGGGACUGAUCUCCAUUGCCUGCUUUCUGUUUGCUGCACUGCCUCAACUCUAUGUAGCCUACCAGAAUGGAAAAGUGGAGCAAGCACUUUCCUUGGGUUUUCUGCUGUGCUGGCUUGCAGGAGACCUCACCAAUUUUAUUGGCUGCUAUUUGACAAAUCAACUUCCAAUACAGACUGUAACGGCAAUUUUUUAUAUUAACAUGGACAUAAUUGUGAUAUCUCAGUUUUUCUACUAUAAGUUAAAAAAUCAGAAGAUAACAAAAUGCGGAAUGAAUAUGAAGUAUUCUUGUAUAGCGUGGGUCAUGCUAUGCUUACUACUAUGUUUAAUCUUACCUACUCAGCUGUUGAUGAGAAAUAAAGUCCAGAAUACUAUUUUGGGAUCCAAUGAGAAGUCUCAUGGCAUGGUUGAAAUAUCAGGCUUUGUUUGUGGCUAUUUAUCGUGUGUGUUUUACUUGGGAUCUAGAAUUCCUCAGCUCUAUAAAAAUUUCCAAAGAAGAUCGACAGAUGGGACAUCUUAUAUUUUGUUUGCAUUAGCCAUGAUAGGCAAUGGCACAUAUGGCCUGAGUCUUCUCUUAAAGAUGCCUGCAACACAAUAUCUUAUAAGUCUUUAUUUCUGGCAUCAUCUUCCUUGGUUUAUUGGGAGCUUUGGAGUAUUAUUACUAGAUAUUUUUAUAACUGCACAAUUUAUUAUAUACAGACCACAAAACAAGAGACUUGCUUCAGUGGCCUUGGAGGUGGAACCCUUGCUCAUAAAUGAAGAUUCUUAAUGUGCA